AUGUCACCAACAGUCGAAAAUGCUAGGUGGAGACAUUUGGUUGAGCAGUUUGGUCUUAGUGUCCUUGUUGAUCACACAUAUCGACAUGGCAAUAGAGUGGCAAUAUCUGCCUUCGUGGAAAGGUGGCAUCUAGAGACAAAUACAUUUCACAUGCUAGAUGGUGAGAUUAUUAUCAUGUUGGAUGAUAUGAAAACCAUACUUAGCAUUCCAGUCACUGGCAAAGCUUUGUCAUGUUCUAAGUUAACAAGAUACGAGGCUGCUGAACUAGUGAGUUCUACUUUGGAAGUGCCAGUGAAUGAUGCAUUCGUAGAAUUAGUUCAAUCUUGUGGUCAAUUCGUGAAGCUGGAGUGGUUGAGAAUCAGAUUUCAUGAAGUUAAAGAUACAGAUGAUGCAAAUUUCAUAAAGUACGCAGCCAGAGCUUACUUGUUAUAUUUAUUAGGUUGUACCUUCUUCACUAACGAGAGUAGGACUCAAGUACCCGUUGCUGACCUGCACAUGUUGACUGACAUUGAUGUUAUUGGCUUAUAUGCAUGGGGUGCUGUAGCUUUGGCAUUCCUAUAUACACAAUUAGGACUUGCUAGUAGGGCUGGCGUUAAACAGAUUGUUGGUUACAUGAAGCUAUUAGAAUCUUGGAUUUAUAAGCAUUUUCGUUUAGGAAGGCCUCAUUCAAAUUUGUCGUAUUCUGAUGAACAACCUCGUGCCUAUCAGUGGAGUCCGUGA